GGGGAGGGGGGCAAUGUUGGUGGUGAGAGCCUCGGAAGGAAAUUUUGAGGGUCUAGUAGCAACAAGCUUGCUGGAAAAGCAACACCCGCAAAAUCAGCCGGCCGAUUGUUUGGCCGAGACUUGACCACAUCAGCCGGCAACUGCUUGGGUGGGAAUAGCACCACCAUCACGAAGCGAUAUCUUGAUCAAUCGGUCAACCCCACUAGGAAGAUGGAUAUUACAGACUUUAUCUUUGCUCACCGGGAAGAGGCUCUCCUUACUGGAAAUUACAACGCCUACCAUGCAUACACGAGCCGGAAGCUGCACAAGCUCCAGAAGCGGCUUGGACAGACAACCCCCAAAGGUCGGAAAUAUACUGCCAAACCUGCUAUUAGCGCAGAGGAUGUGAGCAAGAAUGUGGAAUAUGUCCAUGUCUUACUCACCAGCGCCGAGCGAGCAUGGGCGCAAGCAAUGCACGAGAAAACAACGCACUCAGCCGACCCGUCAGCCAAGGGGAUCUCUGGUGCUGCCAGAAGCCACAUUAUCGCACGCUUCAAUCGAGCUACCACUUAUGCGAAGCAUUUGGUCACAAUUCUGGAGGAUCAGGCAACCUCGGGCGCGACUGAUAUUGAUAUUCUAGAGGCACGUGCGUAUUUGGCAUCGCUCUCGGGAGCAAUGUUCCUGGAGAAGCGCAAGUGGGAGCAGUGUCUUCGAAGUUAUGCUAUUGCCCGAGUGAUCUACGUGGCUCUAGGGCAGCAGGUCAAGAAGGAUGCUUUUCGUGACCUGCUCUCCGGUACCGUGGACCCCAGUUUAAGAUAUGCUGCAUAUCAGAUGAAGCUUCCUCGCUCUAAGCCUCUCCCGUCCUUGGCAAUCAGCUAUUUCCCGUCCGACGCUACCAUCCGAUCUGAAGUUGAAAAGGUCGACCCCAAUUGCUUGAAAGAGGAGGCCGCUGGAACACGAAGAACUGCCGACGGAGAAGUGCAGCAACUUCCCGAGACCAUUUCCUGGAGGUCGCGAACUGUCACACUGGAAGAUGCCACUAUAUCGCAGGCUCUCGCAUCCGCCGCCGCAGCGGAGUCCCGUCUUGCCGCUUGGCUCACGGGGAGCGCCGGACAAUCUGCUUCGCCGAAGGAAAAGGCCGCUGCCUAUGACAACGUCAUCAUCGCGAGCCAAGACGCAGUAGAUGCUACGAAGACUGCAAUUGAUGACCUCGCAGCCGAGGGUGUGGAACCCAGCGAUAAGAGGAUGCAAGCGCUACAAAUCACGCGGACGGCUGUGAACUACGGCUUGGUGGCAUGGAGAAUCGGGCGUAAUCGCGUCUUGUGCGGAGAACAUGACGGCGUCUCUUUUGAGGCAGGCCCCGCUAAACAAUUCAAGAAUGCUAAGGGUUCUGGGACAGUGGAGGAAACGAUUGGCAAGAAACUGGGGCGACUACGUGAGCGGGUCGUGCUAUAUGACUCCACACUGCAAAGUAUCGACUUUAUUCUGGAACUGCCAGGAGUUGCCGCAGAUUCCGUGUUUGUGGCUGAGCUAGAGGCCAAACGACGUUACUUCCGUGCCUUGAGAUGUCUGACGAUCGGCCGCUCGCACGGCAUUCUCAGCAAACCCACCAACGCUCUUGCUCUAUUUCAACAAGCCUUGACCCUUGUCACGGAGCCUAGCGAGUCUCUCCAGUCCGCUGUCGACGCGGAAGGUCCGCCAAAGCUGGACGUCUCACGCAACCAGGUCUCUGCCUUGGGAUCGACUUUGCGAGGCUUGGUUGCUCAGUACCGGGGUCUUGUGACUGUGGAGAAGCUUUCAGUCGAAGCGCAAGAGAAAUUGACUAAUGAGCGUCCAGUGAUUGAGCGUCUGCAUGAGUUCUCUGGCGAUGCCAUUGAUCUGAAAAAUAUUGUUCCGUUCCCGCCACAAAUCCAGCCUAUUCCCGUUAAGCCAUUGUUCUUGGACGUAGCCUGGAACUACAUUGACUAUCCGCGUCAAGGCUCGGCGGCUCAGGUAACGCCUCAGAUCCAAGAAGAAGAAACGGCUACAGAAGAGAAGAAGGGCGGGCGACGCGGCUGGUUCGGGUUCGGCCGCUGAGGACGCAGCUGAGCGAUGGACUUCUGCUUUCGAUGUUCUCAAGAGUUAGACUUAGUUCUUGAACGUUAGCUUCGCAAUAACUCAGCUGGUGUGAAUAUGAUGUGAUGACUUUUACGCUGAUCGAAGCCUGACUGGUACGCA